CAUUUAAUAGGUAUUCAGUAUUGCAUGAUGGUAUUCAUCAUGGCUGGUUAUUAUUGGCGAAUCGUCACUAUUCAUUACUAAUUAUUAUGCGAUAUGACGUACCUAUGUAAUAUAAAAGAACACCGCUUGACCCGCCGAUUGAUUUCACGAGACACCAAACGUCGAAUGCUCGCAUGCGAUUGGCUGACUUUUACGUUUGUACCACACAGGUCUAUAAAUAUUUAGGUCAAUGGUCUGAACUAUUAAACAAAGUAGUUGAUAUUAUUUUCGGUAGGGCUACGGAUCGGCAGUUCUCACGUAACUUAUUGUCGUGUUCCCUAUAAUAUUAUGGUAAAUUCCUAUUCUGAUCAGCUGUUUCUGCCCGGAAAUGUCUUGAAUUGUGCCGAGUUCAGUUUUUUCACACAACACGAGAGAUGUCCUAGUUAACCGAGAAGUGCAAACCAAAGAGUAGUUACCCUUGUGAGUCGUGAAGACAAAAAUAGUGACUUAGGGAGAGGUGGUGCAAAAACGGAGGUUAUAUACUGAUGGAACCUGCUAAUGCUUAGGUUGUGCCCUACUGGCGGAAGUUCAACUGGCGAGUGGGUUAAGAUUGACAAACAUCGAUUGAACGAUGAUCAUAUCAGACAGCGGUGAUCCAGAAAGUUGUUAAAUAAAUGCCAGAUUUCCAGGCAUGGGACAUUAUAUAACUUCUUUGGGGUCCGACCGCCAAUAGAAAAUAUCAUGAUACAAGAGGGGGACGGUGAUGAUCUACAAAGCGUGACUAGGAGUAAGCCGCGAUCCGCUGCCACGAGAAGCGGGGCUGCGUCUAGUGCAGUAAGCUUUUUACAUACUACGAUACCGACAAAGAGAAAUUAAAUAGCAAUAAAUACCAACUUGAACACGUCUAAAAUAGCGUUACUCGUAGCUACAAGUAACUCUAUGAAUUGUGUCGCGUAAUCGCAUUGGAUAGUAAAAGUACUACCGUCGUACGCGCCACCGUCGGUACUGUGAGAAACUACCAACUACUAACUAGUACGAAUUCAUCUGCUCCGUCGUUGAGUCUCCUGUCGUUAUGUUAGCCAUCUGUCGUUUUCUAUCGUUCUGAAUUACGUAACUAUCGUUCUCGUCAGCAUAUUCCCGCAUCGCGAAUAUACGACUACCGAGGGCUGCCACACACCACCAUAACAAUUCUCUAUUUUGAUCCCAGUACCAGAACCAUUACUAUCAAUGAUUCAUACAGAUCGUUCUUGUAUGCUUAAAUGCAGCUGUUGUAACAGAAUAUUUUGUCUAGAAGACACUUUUCAGGUAGCACAAAUAAAGAAUCCAGGUGUGCAAAACCCGUGUUUGGAAAAUGCCACUGACUUAACUGGUCCCAAUUUGUGUUUGUGUGUUGGUUGUUACCAGGCCACAAAAAAACCAACUUCUUCAAAAAAUCGUUCAAAACGUCACUGUAUUAUAAUGAAUUGUGACCAAACUGCAUGUCAUAUUUUUGAUUCAAAAUUGAAGGAUGAAUUAAAUACUUUUUUGAUGGAUAAAGUCAAAUUUAGAGUCCUGAAUAAUGAGGAAGAAGCAUUGCAUAAAAUUUGUUUUUGCAAUGCACAUUAUGAUCAGGUACUGUUAAUAACUCAAUGUGAGUUGUGUGGAAAUCGAUCGAUGCAUAAGUAUCAAUUGCACGAAGACAAUGUGAGUGAAUAUCAAUUGAUUCUUGAUGAAGAUAAUAUUCCUGUCACAAUAAAAUAUGGCAUUCUUAUUUGUAAUCCAUGUCACGUUUAUAUAUUAUUGCGAAGAGAUAAAACUACAAUAAUUACAUGUGAAUUAAAAAAGCUCAUUGACGCUUCUAAAACAAGGAUUAUAAACAAAAAUAUAUUAAAAACAAAAGGAUUAGAACGUAUUCAAUUAGCAAAAAAUGAAAUAAAUAUGAACAAAAAAGAGGAAAACAAUCAAUUAUUAACGGUUACAUCUCUACCAACGAAUAGAAGUAAUUUUUCAACUGCUGAUUUUUCUAUGCCAUCUAAGACAGUAUCAUCAGUAUUAGCACUCAACACUAUCACAACACCACCUCUAUUAGUAAAUUCAACAGCGACAUUAAUGCAAUCAGUAACAACCGUUUUAACGACGACGAUAGGAACAGCGCUGGCAACAGAUAAAGCAUCUCUGACAACGAUUACACAACCAAUAGUAAAAACGCCGGUGACGACAUUAACGAAGGCAACGGAGGAUAUGAAAUUAAUAGUGAAAAUAGGAAAAUUAACAGCGUUAACAUUAAAACGAAAGAGGCAACCGACAUUUCUCGAUGAAAAUUCUUCUGUGCCAAGAACCAAAAAAUAUGUUGUAAGCCGGCUGACUGUAUCUACUGACUGUAAAAACCACACUAUUCGGGAUCAUAAACCUACACUUCCAGUUCAAAAAUCAACAGUUCCUGGUGUUGAACUAACGAAUCCUGUUGAUAACCCCAUAAUUUCAAUUCACAAACCAUCAUUCCAAGUUGUCAAACCUACGGCAAACGUAGAUAAAUCUAUGAUUCCUGAUCACAAACGUUUGUAUAAUAAAUCAUUAGUUUUUUCAUCGAUUCUAAGACCGAUCUUUAGUUCAAAAUGGCCUGUACCAAAGAAACAUAAGAAAACUUUAGAAUCAGUUUCAACAGCGAAGAAACCAACUCAACUGCAAACGAAUUUAUCAAUUCAGAAUACGUUAGAUUUACGGUCUACGUUACCGCGUACUAAGCUUCCCGAGUUGAGUUGUCAAAGAACUGGGACUACAAUAUUAUCGUCUGCCACUCUAGACAUGAUCCAAGAGAUCAAGGUUCCAAUUGAUAAACUUACGGUCUCCGAUCACAAACCUUUAUAUAAUAAAUCAAUAAUUUUCUCACCGGUUCUAAAACCGUUCUUUAGUUCAAAAUCGACUGUACUAAAAAAAAGAGAGAAACCUCCAGAAUCAGUUUCACCAAUAAGAGAACCAAAGCAACUGCAAACAAAUCAAUCGUAUCAGAAUAUAUUAGAGGAAUGGUCCACGUCAUCGCGUACUGAGGUUCCCAAGCUGAAUUGCCAACGAGUUAGUCCAACAACAUUGCCACCCGUUACACCAGACAUGAACCAAUUAGUUGAAAAUCUUAAUAUUUCAGUUGAUGAACCUACGAUUACUGAUCGUAAACCGUUGGGUAAUGAACCAGUUUUCUCACCAGUUGUAAGACCAUUCUUAAGUUCAAAAUUUACUGUACUAGAAAAAAACGGGAAAUCUCCAGAAUCAGUUUCACCAAUAAAAGAACCAACUCAACUGCAAACAAAUAAAUCGUAUCAGAAUACGUUAGAUUCACGUUCUAUAUUAUCGCGUACUGAGUUUCCCGAGUUGAGUCACAAAGGAGCUAGUUCAACCCCAUUGUCAUCCACUACACCAGACAUGAUACAACUAUUUGAAAAUCUUAAAACUCCGUAUCCUAAUGGGAUAGCAUUUAUUAACCAUCUGCUUAACUUGGAAACGUGCCGUAAUCUAGGGACUUUAAUUGUAGGAAAUAAUAAAACCACAUACCGUCAACGAACAUCUAAUACUGCAACAACUUCUAAUCAUAACUUACAACGUUCUCCAAAACAUGAGGAAUAUUAAAUUACAUCGUAUUCUUACGAUGACAGAA